CGAAGGUUGCGAAUUUGGUGAGUGAAGUGUUCUGGAGCGAAGAUCCGUCAGAUGAAGAACAAUCCAUGGUUUUUGUGCCAGGAGGGAAGGUCAUUGAUCAAGCAGCUGAAGAUGAGGACACUACCCUCGAACUCCUGUGAAGAGGUCCUGCAGUUGAGAUGGCUAACCUCCAACAACCAUGGCCAUCUUUUUAUCUGUCAGGAUUGCUAAUGGAAGGAAACAUUAGACCUGAAUCAAAGGUGAAAAGUGAAACCCCAGAAGUUGGAGCCAAGCUUUCAAGCCAAUCUAAUUCUGUUUUUGUAAAUCCCUUGAAGACCAAAUCCGGAAAGCUAUCCAUGCCAAACAAGGUUAAGGAGUACAAAGGGACCAAGAGUGCAUCUUUGAAGGAUCUCUGCCCAGAGGACAAAAGGCGCAUUGCUAACUUAAUCAAAGAGCUUGCAAGAGUAAGUGAAGAGAAAGAAGAAACUGUGGAACGAUUAAAGGCAGAACAUGAAUCAUUUGAAAAGAAAAUCAGAGAACUGGAGGACCAGAAUGAACUCAUUGUCAUGGAACGGGAAGCGUUGCAACACCAGUAUGAAAAAUGCCAGGAACUCCUGAGUGUUUACCAAAACUGCCUCUCUGAGCAGAAAGAAAAAUUGAACCAGUGCUUUCCUGAGUCCUGGAACAAUAAGGAAAAGGUAUGUAGUGAGAAGAGUCCUCCUCAGCUGGUUUCUUCAGACCGAGAUGGCUCCUAUCUUGGAACUGUGCCUCCUUGUACCUUAGAUGCUUCUGGCAAAACUAAACACGUGCUUGUUGGUCCAUCCUUUGCACCACAGCCUGACCUGGGCCUGUAUUUCCCAAACCACAACGCUGUCCAUCAAAAUCAGCGUACUGAAAGUUUUCCAUCUCAAAAUGGUUGUGGUAAAAAAUCUGGCAAUACAGUUCAAGGAGAGCCAUUUGAAGACAGACAUUAUAACAUGAACAAACAGGUAGAUGUGGGUGCUGUGCAGGCCGGUACCUUUUGUGAUUCUAAUGUCGGUCAACCUUCUCACUGUGGAUGGUUGAGAAAUAGAGAGCUUGCUGAUGAAAAUCAAUUGAUCAAUAUAAGAAAUGGGCAUUUAAAGCCAUUAAUUGAAUGCAACCCCUGCUCUGGAAUGUCUCAUGAUCCAGCAAUGAAUAAUCAAGAGGAAGUAACAGCUGAAGAAGUUUUGAACGGAAAGAAGCUGCUCAUAGACCAAAAGCAGCAACUGAUCUGUCAGAAAAUGGAGCUGGAACUGGAGAAAGAAAGACUGCAAAGAUUGCUCGCUCAGCGGGAGACCCUUUUCUUUCGAAAGCAACAGCAAUUACACGAGUCAAGGUUGGAUUACAGCAGGUAUUUGAGAUCAGAGGAUGAUCUUUUUCAUGGUAAUUUGCAACAUCAGGAAAGGAACAUCAAAGCAUCGAUGACAGAACCGUGGGAAAGAUUAAGUGCUGGAAACAAAGUUUUAGAACCUUUUAAUCCAGAAUUGGAUGCCUUUAGGUGUACAGCCUCUUUAUACCCUACUUGUGCUCAAAAUAAAGAAACAGGGACUCCACUUUUGAAAAAAGAUGUGGCUACUUCUCCCCUUCUAUUACUUACCAAAAAUGAAUCUGUCAGCACAGCAACAUCACCCUUUUGGGUUGAAUCAGCACGCAAUGAAGCCUCCCUUGUUCAUUUGGUGGAUGCAUUGAGUCCAAUUUGCUUACAAAAACAUAAUUUGCACAUCAAGGAAGGAAACAGAAAACCAAGGAAAAGCAGCGCAAUGCAAAGCAGAAAACAUCAAAAUCUUGCUAAGACUGGAACAGCUCCAACAGACAGUGGGGAUUCAGAUGAAGAACUUGAAGAAAGCAGAAUGUUAGAGGAUGUUUUCUUUAUUUAAGAAGGGGUGGGGUUGAACAUUCUCACUGACAUGAGUUAACCAUUAUGAUUUUUUAAUUCUUUUAACAAAACUGUGGAGUAUCGAAGAAUGCUUUAGUGUCCAAUUGGUGUGCAGCAUCCAAAAGUCCCUCUUUAACCUUUAAUGCUUUGGAGCAUUGUGGCAAAGUGUGCUUUGAUGGGUUAAUAGAAAAUGUAAAGUGAUUAGCAAGCUAUGUAUGGAAUUCAUUAAAACUGAUAACUACAGUAUAUUUCCAGCAAUCUUCCUGUGACAUAUUAUUUUUGAAGCUUUAAAAAAAUGAAUUGCCUUAACUAACCUUUCUGUUGGUUUUUUUUUAUAUUUACUGAAAGUGUAUUUAUCACACUCGCUACCUAUAAUACUCAUAUCAAGAAUAUACGUAAUGGCAAUCAACUUAUUGCAAAAACACUGAGAAA